AAAUGCGCGGAUUCCUCUUCUUGGAGACGAGUAACAGCUUAUAUCACGUCUAUAAUGCGCCUUGGCCCCUCCCUGCCUCCGUACCUGCCCCGUGCGGGAUGAGGCGAGGACAAAUUAGACCCCACCGGUGCUGGAACAUCGGAGGUGGGCACGGCGAGGAGGUGGGGUCGCCGCUCUCCUGUCAGGAGAAGAAAAAGCCAAAGUAGGUCCGAGUAGUGCGGAAACAGAGCAGUGCGCGGAGCCGGGGAGGACUGGUCACUGGAGAGACGCGCCCGAGAGCCAAGGAUACGAGACAGCGCAUGGUGUCCCAACAUGCACCCUGAUAUCCAUCUCUCCCUCCUCUUAACACUGCUGCUUCUGCAAGUCCAGCAGGGCACCACAGUGCAGGACAUCCAAACCAGCCAUCAGAACAUUUUAAAAAUCAACUCAGCAGGAGAAAUGAUGCAGUGCUCAGCAGCUACGGAUAUCCUCUUUCUCAUGGAUGGUUCCUACAGCGUGGGGAAGGGCAGUUUCGAGAGGUCCAAACACUAUGCAAUCAAACUCUGUCAAGCACUAGACAUUGGACCAGACAAGGUGCGGGUUGGUUUGAUUCAGUUUGGCUCCACUCCACGGCUGGAGUUUUCUCUGGACUCUUACACCACCAAACCAGAGCUGAAGAAGCACAUGAAAAAGAUUUCUUACAGGGGAGGCAGCACCCAGACAGGCCUGGCUCUCAAGUACAUCCUGAGGAAGGGCUUCCCAGGCGGUCGUAACUCCUCCACUGUGGCCCGGAUCGCCAUCCUCUUAUCAGAUGGGAGGUCUCAGGGCAACGUGGUGCAGGCGGCUGCACAGCUCAAAGAGACAGGCGUGGUCUUGUUUGCCGUUGGUCUGCGCUAUCCCAGGUGGGAGGAGCUACACACUCUGGCCAGUGAGCCAACGGAGAACCAUGUCUUCUUCGCCGAGCAUUUCUACGAUGCCGUCAAUGGCCUGUACACCACACUGUCCACCUUCUCUGUCUGCAAUGCUACACCAGCAGGCUGUCAGGUGGAGUCGUUUCCCUGUGAGAGGAAGACACUGGAGGCAGUGAAAGAGCUGCAGGGAAAUUUCAUGUGUUGGAAAGGCUCCAAAGGGUAUUCUCCAUACAUGUCUCUCUGUCCCUACUACAGGUACAACAAGGCUUACAAGAGACACAAGACUGUCUGCCAUCGGACUAUCUGUCCAGAUCCCUGUGAUUCCCAGCCCUGUCUGAAUGGUGGAACAUGUGUAUCAGAGGGUCCGGAGGGCUACCACUGUGUGUGUCCGCCCGGCUAUGGAGGAGACCCGCACUGCGCUCCUGCAUUAUCACUGGACUGCUCUGUGGACUUGCUCUUCCUGCUGGAGGGUUCUGCCACGCUUACCUUGGAGGGCUUCCUCCGUCUCAAGUCCUUCUUGAAGCGCUUCUUGCAGACCGUGAUUGGGUCUGACAGCCCCAGCAAAGUCGGCCUGGCGGUGUUUGGUGGAGAGGCUCGAGUAGAAGCCCAGGUGGGCAAGUUCAAAGGGGAUCUGAGGGGUCUGCUUAAGGCAGUGGAGGCGCUCCAACCGAUCGGCGGCGAGGCCAGGACGGGGCAGGCGCUUCGUUACGUCACACGCCAUGGCUUUGUUAGUGUGCCAGUCUUUGCCGAUGUCACAGACGACCUUCCCCGGGUGGUGGUGCUGCUCACUGACACUCCUGCUGUUGACGAGGUGGUGGAGCCUUCAAAAUAUGCACGGGACAGAGAGAUCUUCCUUAUAGCCAUGGGACCAGACUACUUAAAGGGACAGCUGAAUAACAUCACAGGAAAUCCCCAGAGGACUAUCACCUACACAUCACCUGACAGGUUCAGUGCCAAGAUCCCUGAGCUCAAGGCCAAGAUCUGCAGUGUGGACACACAAGGUUGUCUGGGCCAAGCGGUAGACCUGGUGUUUGCCCUGGAUGCCUCCGGUGGUGUCGGCCGUGACAACUUCGCCACCGUGCGCGACUUUGUGCGCAGCCUCACUGUCCAGUUCGACAUCAACCGUGACGUGGCCCAAGUGGCACUUGUGGCUUAUGGACGGAGAGCCACCACCGUCUUCAACCUGGACACCCAUGACACGGGUUCUGCCAUCCUCAAGGCAGUGGGUGACACCAACUACAUGGGUGGAGUGGCCUCAACCGGCGCAGCUUUACUGCACAUCCACUCCAAGAUCUUGACUGUCGCUAAAGGUGCGCGGCCUGGAGUCAACAAGGCUGUGGUGGUGGUGACUGAUGGUUCGGGCGGGGACGAUGCUGUCGUGCCAGCGCAAAAGAUAAGAGACAAUGGGGUUUCACUGUUUGUGAUCGGUAUUGGAGAUGUACAGAGAGAGAGGCUGCUGAAGAUUGCUGGUUCAGAGGAGCACAUGAUCUCAGUGCCGUCUUAUGAGGACCUCAAGUACUUUGAGGACGUUCUGGUCCAGAUGCUGUGUUCAGAGGUAAAGAAGCCGGUAAACCUGUGCAGCCCGAACCCAUGUAUGAAUGAUGGGAUCUGCAUCCUGUCAGGAGGGAGCUUCCGUUGUCAGUGCCAAGGCUAUGAAGGACCACACUGUGAAACAAGAAGCAGUAGGCCCUCAUCCAGGGGAGAUCUUCCGAGGCCUGCUGGUCUCAGGAAGAAGAGCAGGCAGAAGAAGAGCCACCAGGAGCUCCUGCAUCACUACAAACUACACCGUCGGAGAAAUGCUGCCUGAUACACCAUACACACAUAAACACACAUACUAUACACGGAAAUAAAUCACCUACGGAAUCUUAAGAACCAAGGAUGUUUGCGGGUACACACUGGAGUAAAGGGAAAAUUUAUAUUACUGUUACCUUGUUACUGUUUCAAUAUUUAAACUUGCAGUCGAACUUCAACAAGUGACGUCAAACCGUAUGUAUCUCUACUGUGGUGUCCAUUUGUGUCCUAGUUUGUUUCUUGUUGGAUUUGUCAGCCCACACUGUGCUCACUUUUGUGCAAUUGUCUCAAUAAGGUUCUAUUGGCUAUUUCAAAGAUGUAAACUUUUAUAUUAUACUAUAUUGUAUAUCUGUGUCAUGAUUUUUUUUAUUCAGUGUUUAAUCACCACAACCUUCUUUCUUCCUUCCAAAUCAGACAAAAACAUCAAA